AUGGGCUCAGAAGGGCCUUAUUCAGGCAAGGGCUAUGGAGGAGGAGAUAUCUUCGUCGGCGCAGCCCGUCCUUUUGGCGUGGCGAAGGUGGGUAUCGACACGACGGCUGCGAAUUGGAGCCUGGCAGUCCUCAACGGGGGCUGGACGCCCGAUGGGAAUGUCACGGCGAUCACGAUGAUGCAUGAAAGUGGUACGGGAGGUGCACCCAAGUAUGGGAUCAUCCCCCAAAUGCCGCUCACAUCCAUUGCGCCUCCGGUUGGUAACGAUACAGCCAGUGUGGGAUACUUUGCCACGAAACUGCAAAAUGGCGUUCAAAUUGAGCUCUCUGCUUCUCGCCAUGCCGGAAUCGUUCAGUACGGCUUUCCCGAGGGUGAAAAGCAUGUACUGGUUGAUCUUUCUCACUAUCUUCCUGGGUCUCCCAAAGACCCAAACGGCCAGUUCUACGUUGCCGGUGAAAUUCAAUUAGAGGAAGAAGGGCAAGCAUACACAGGCUAUGGGACUUAUAUCGGGGGCUGGAACAACGGAGCUCCGUUCACGGUCUACUUCUACGGCGAAUUUUCCACAGCUCCAGAGACAGCCCAGACGUUUUCCGGCAGGAAUACCGAGCCGAUGCCACGAUACCAGGGAUUUGCCAACGACGCCGUCAGCGAGCCAGUAUAUGGCAAUGUGACUGAUAAGAAAGCUACCUCUGGGCUCAUGAAUGAUCGCAUCGGUGCGCUUUUCAGUUGGGAUAUCACAUCGAACGCACAGAUCUCUUCGAAAAUAGGUAUAUCAUUCAUCUCUGUGGAGAAGGCUCGCGCCUACGUUGAAUCAGAGAUCCCUUAUUGGAGUCUGAAAGACACGGUGCAAUCAGCCGUGGAAGAGUGGAAUCGAGAUGUUUUCAGCAGGACCCGCGUUGCACUGGACGAGACCGCAAACCUGACGCAUGUGCGGCUGCUCUACAGUUCUCUCUACUUCAUGCAUUUGAUGCCAUCCGAUCGGACGGGCGAGAAUCCGCUUUGGCAGUCAGAUGAGCCGUACUGGGACGAUUUCUAUACUAUGUGGGAUAUUUUCCGCUGCACAACCAGCUUCUACCAUAUAUACCAGCCUGACUACUACGAGUCUAUGAUUCGAGGUCUGAUUGAUAUCUGGAGACAUCAAGGCUUUCUACCAGAUGGGCGCUCAGAAAACUGGAAUGGAUUGGUCCAAGGCGGUUCCAAUGCUGAUAAUGUACUGGCUGAUGCCUACACCGACGCUGAGGUGAUUCCAUACAAAACGUGGGACCCCACAGACCCCUCUGCCAGCACCAAAGAAGGACGUGGGGCCCUAGGUGACUGGCUUGAGCUCGGAUACGUCUCGCAAGAUCGCAAUACAAGAUGUAUAUCCAGAACUGUGGAGUACAGCCUGAAUGAUUUCGCGUUGAGCCAGGUCGCCGCCGGAGAGACGCCUAGUGAUCAGGGAAAGUAUCUGAACCGUUCCGCUGGAUGGCAGAAGAUAUGGAGCCCCAACGUCCAGAGCCUGAACUUCACUGGAUUCCUGGCACCCAGGUUUUCCAACGGCACAUUUAAUAGCAGUGCUUAUGAUCCGCGCUACUGUGACGAGUGCGAAUGGUUGGACUACACAUAUGAAGCUACUCUCAUUGACCUCAUGGGCGGCGCGGACACAUUCGAAUCUCGACUCGACCUGAUGUUUGCACCCAACAUGUCCGUCCAAGAUCUCGGACCGAACGGAGCAGGCAUUACCACGAUCAUCAACAUUGGCAACGAGCCUGACUUUGCGACACCGUACCUAUACAACUACAUCAACAAGCAAGCAAAAAGUGUGCAGAGGUCCCGGGGUCUCGGAUACCAAUAUUUCAACGACGCACCUUACGGGAUCCCCGGCAACAGUGACGCAGGAGCCAUGAACUCAUGGCUGUUGUGGCAGCUGAUGGGAAUCUACCCGGUGGUUACCCAGCCAGUCUAUCUGAUUGCCUCGCCAUGGUUUCCGGAACUUAACAUGACCAUCAACGGGAACCAGACCCUACGGAUCAUUGCGAACAAUCUGCACGAGGGCUACUAUGUGCAGAGCGUGAAGAUCAACGGCCAGACCUGGACUAAGAACUGGUUCGAGCAUGAGGACAUCAUGGCACGCGGUGGCACGAUCGAGUUCGAGCUGGGCCCCAACAUGACGGCUUGGGACACGGGUAGUGUGCCCCCUUCUCCGGGACAUCGCAGAGUGUGAAAGAUGAUCGCCUCGCGCGCGUCUCGACUACUCAAGCCACAUGUGGGUGUCCGCGUUGAUGCCUAUUUUUGGA